UCGCUUAAAACCCCCUCUCAUCUCCCCUCACGCUUCUCAAGCGCCUCCUGCAUUCAGAAUCCUCCCCCGUCCCCCAAAUAUUCCUCCCUCGUGCCGCAAGAGAUUCUAAGAUUCCAAAUAUCGCCUCUCAAAAUUUGAGCGUUUGUUUUUUUAAAAAGAUGAUAGAGUUCAUCAAACAGAGAAUAAAAUGAGACCCAUAAUCUCAUUCCCCAAAACCCCUUCGCAUCUCUCUCAAGUAAUGGAACCAUUUCCCUUCGUCCUCAGCAAUCAAGUGGAAGGUGGACAGAGAACUCUCCGUGGCGCUAGACUCUUUUGGUCUUCACCCGCCGGCCGUCCUCCUGGUUCUUGAAAACAAAUUCAGCUUCAUUUCUCUUUUGCGCGCUAGCUUUUUCGAUUCAAACAAAUUCAACAUAGUCUUUGCCUUCUUGGGCUUCUUUUAAGACAUGGGUUCGGUCCCAGUUGGGGAUAGUUUGAGGGGUUUGAGAGGGUUUGGGGAGGGACCCAGUUCGGCGAGCUCGUUGGUUCUUGACGAGGAGAAGGGGGAGUUGGUGAGGGCUAAUUUGGUGAAAAACGGGAGGAAAGGAGGAGGAGGAGGAGGAGUAGGAAGAGGGGGUUGUGAUGAGAAGGCGGCCAUGGCGCUUAAGAUGCAUAGCGAGGCCGAGAGGAGGAGGAGGGAGAGGAUUAAUGGUCAUCUCGCGAUGUUGAGGAGCAUGGUCCCUUGUACUGAUAAGACGUGUAGUGGAUGUUCAGAACAUGCAUGUCCAGUUCAGCCUUAUUUGCUUAUGCUAUCACAUGCUGGAAUUUCUUGGGUUCUUCUUGAUUUAUUUACUAGGUCACCACUACAGUUGUUGGACAAAGCUGCAUUGCUUGCCGAAGUAAUCACGCACGUAAAUAAAUUGAAGAGCAACGCAACAGAGAUGAGCAAAGGUCUUUCCAUCCCAUCCGAUGCUGAUGAAGUGAGAGUAGAAGUUAACAGAGAUGGAACUAAAACCGAAAGCUUUUUAAUUAAGGCAUCACUCAGUUGCGAGGACCGGCCAGAUCUCCUUGCAGAUGUUAGACAAACUCUUCACUAUCUACAUCUGAAGACUGUACAAGCUGAGAUCUGCACUUCGGGUGGCAGAAUCAAAAUUGCUUUUGUGAUAACUUGUGAUGGAAAUCCUAGUGAUAUGGAGAAUCAUAUCUUUAUAAACAAUGUUCAACAGUCUUUGAAGUCUGUUCUUGAUAAGGUGACUUCACCUGAGUAUGUGCCGAGGGCCUCUCUUGCUAACAAGAGGCCAAGACUUUCAUCUUUUGAAUCCUCGUGUUCGUCUUCAUGAGUAUUUUAUCGGUUUGCUUGUAGCUUGGUUGUCUAUGGUUUCGUCGAGGAAUGGUCCUUCCUACAGAUAUUUGAACUGGUUCUAGCUGAUGAUCGAAUGAUGCAAGAUGACGCCUUCCAGGUUUUUUUCAUGGAAAGUUGAUACGGUAUUACAUAGUUCACUUUAUAGGUUAUAGUGGCUAUAGUGGAAGGUCUUUUAACUGUAAAGAGAGUGGCGUGUAACUUGUAUAUGGCGGUAUGAAAAUGAUAAAAUAGUUUUUACUUAAAUUGUAUUACUGCGUUGGUCACAAUGAGUAUAUUCGAGUCGUUGCAAGAUUACA